AUGAAGAGCAUCAGUGACGAGAUCUGGAGAACAGGAGAGUGGCCGGAACUAUGGAUGAUGUUUGAACUUGUUCCCUUACCUAAAGUCCCUGGAACCCAAGAUUGCACUAAAUACCGAACAGUAAGCCUAAUAAGCCAUGCCUCAAAGAUACUGCUCGAAAUUCUGCGACAAAGGCUGGCACAUUAUUUGGUUUCACAAAUCGCAGAAGAGCAAUUUGGCUUCACUGCAGGAAAAGGGACAACAGAGGCAAUCCUAGUGUUGAGGAACAUCAUACAGAAGGUAGCAAAGAAGCAAGAGGCUGACCAAGUCUGGUUCCUGUUUGUGGACUACUCCAAGGCUUUCGAUUCAGUGUACCACGAUGCACAGUGGAAGACCUUCUUAGACUUUGGAGUCCCAAGUCACUUGACAUGA